AUGUCUAGGCAUUUGCCGAGGCCGGCGCCGUGGGCCGAAUCAACAACAGCAUCAAUGCAAUCUUGUAUUGUCGGUCUAGAGGGGUGGGAUUUUGCCUCGGGGGUUCAGCAACUUAGAUCAACAUCUCCGCGCACAUUACCUGUUGUAGCAAACUUUUUUCAAGGUCAUAUUGCAGGCCGUAUCCCCCAAGCACCUGCGAACACUUGUCUUGGAGAUGAAACUUCGAGACUCCUCGGUGAAUACUUUAUUGUCCGGAGACCGGUGUGGUGGAGAUUCCAGCGUACUUGUCAUUUGAAGAAGCCUCGUGUUUGCCCUGUGCGGAACGCUCACUAUGGCCUUCUACCGCUCCGGUCUGGUCAGACUGUCCUCCUCCAGGGAACCGGAGGCGUCUCAACAUUUGGACUGCAAAUUGCACUUGCAGCAGGUGCGAUCUCCAUUGUGACCACUUCGUCCAAUGAGGAAUUGGCCAAGCCAAAACGGCUCGGCGCAAGACAUGGCAUCAAUUACCGAGCACAUCCUGAUUGGGCUAGAGAGAUGAAAAAAGCCACUGGUGGCAAAGGUGCAGACCACAUUAUUGAGAUUGGGCUACUCUCAACCUGGGGGUUCCUUUGA